AUGUUAUCACUAAAGGAGACGGAUUACAACCAGAAUAAAUACAUUGCGCUGGAUUUGGAAAAGUUCUUCAGAGAAAAUGACGAGUUGACCAUGCUGAAGACGCUACAGGAGAUGUACGUCUCAUCGUACAACCUGGAGCUGGAAAUGAAGUCCCUGGUGACAAACGAGCUGGAUUCCGUUCUUUUGUGCGUUGACACGAUACUACAGAUGUGCUCCCUGAUAAAGCAGUCGAAGAACAACCUCGACACGAUAAGUAAAACGGUAAACGAGUUCAACUACGAUGAAAUAUUCGAAGAGGCAUGUAAAAAUAAAGUGGAUGUACCGGAUUUGGAGGUUAACGAGCUUAAAUUGUUGCUGGACGGGUGGAUGAGUAACUACAACAGGGAGUGUAUAGAAAAUGAAACAUACGGAUCAGAGUCGACACACAUUGAUCUAAACAGAGACUUAUUGUUUCAAAACUACGGAAAUUUCGUAGAAAGGUGCAAAAACGUGAAAAUCUACGUUAAAUCGAUAGUAUCGGAGCACCUGCACGGAAUGACGAUGAGUAAUUAUAGACUCCUUAAGAGGAACAGGCUGUUAAAUUCGUAUGAGCUACUUUACGUAAAAGUGCCGCUCUUGUUGAAUUUAUUGGAGGAACUCGGAGGAGAGGACACGAAUGGUCUAACCAAAGAAACGGAGCGGAUGUGUGAAUUUUGUAAGAAGAAGCUGAGAUCGCACUGUUUAACAAACCUGAGCAGUAGUGAAGUGGAGGUUUUACUGGAGUCGGUAUCAGUGAUGUUCCUGCUUGACGGAAAAGGGAGAGAAAACGCAGAGUUCCUGCUGAAAAGGAGGCUGGAAAUGUACAACAUUGCAAGCUCAGCACUCGUAUCAGGCUCCUUGGGAGUUUUAACGAAGCUGUUCUCACACUUCUUUGCAAACGAAGUGCUCUAUGAGGUGUUGACCCUCUACACGAAGGAGGUGAGUCUGGAUAGGAGUAUAUUCAGAGAGAGUUAUGAGCCGAAGCUGCUGGAUCAACUCGGGAGUUACAGUCUCGUUAAGUUGAUUCAAGUGAAGCAAGUAGUAUCGCAGCACAUACAGGAGUUGAGCGUCGACUUCGACGGGUGCAAAUUGAAGGACAAGUUGGAGGAAAAGAGGGCGUUUCUGAAUGAGGAGUUUGAAAAAACGUGGACCAAGUGCACAAACGACAAGAUAGCGAACAUAAUGCUGACCAUAAGCGGAUCAGUGAACAGCUACACGAAGAUAAAGAGGGACUUGGGGGACUUUUCAGAAUAUUUCGACAGCCAAGACUUCGUGGAAAACACGAAGCACGACGUGGACGAAAUGGUGACUGAGCUAAACGAGUUUUUGCUCUCGGAAAAGAGUUUCAGUCACCUGGUGGACAGAAAGCUCGACGCAACAAUGGAAAAGGUGAAAGAGCAGAUGGCCCUGAGGGAAUUUAAGCACGGGCGAAUGGAGGCGCUGACAGUGUACUCAAUACAGGAGUACAACACGAAGUUUAAGGCGUGGCUGGGCGAAAACGGAGUUCUGGACUCACUACAAGUGUUAAACAAGUUCAAGCCCACGAAGAACGUGUACGCACUGUACGAGAUUGUCACAAAUAGGUACCUGGACCCGCUGGUAAAGGCAGCAGCCAAGAAGGCGGAAAGCCAUAGAACCAGUAAAUCCACCAGAGUUGAUCAGCCAGGGGAUAGUGCUGAGCCAACGGAUAAUAGCCAAGAAGGGGGAAAAUUGGAAGAUAAAGAGGAUGACAGUGAAUCGGAAGAAAAAAGGGAAGGAGAUAAUGGACUAUACAUGGUAAUGGUGGCAUACGCAGCCUCGAAUCUGAAAAGCUAUAUCAACGAACUAAGCGGGUUCAGGGAGUGUGUGUUGUCAAAACACCUGGAAGAAUCGGCGCUGGCGGCUGGAAUGGAGUAUUACAUAAAAAAUAUUACUGGAGGAACAUUGGGGAAAUCAGCAGAGAGGGACGCGGGUAUACUUUCUAUGAUCUGCGGAGACAAACUGGAGAGGUCAGACGCAGGUUUAAAAGAAAAAUACACACAAUUUAAAAAUAAACUGCCAGAUGGGCGGAAAUACGAAAAAUUUUACGCGAGCUUUAAGAACCUAAUGUAA